UAUUAUCACUCAAUUCCGCCCGGCUGCCGGAGGGGCGGUGGCGGCUACAGCCCCGCACGCGCCGCGGCCAAUCAGAAGCUAGGAUUCUCCGCCCGUCUCCGAGUCUAGCCAAUAGGCAUCCAGGACUUUAGCGCGUGCGGGCCUGCGCCCCCCUGGCCGGGGAAGCGAGGCCGGCCCCCCUCGGAGUUGCCAGUAACGGACAUGGCUGCGGCCCCCGGGAGGAGGGGACGCCAAGUGAGGAGGGGGGGGCUGGGAGGGGAGGACGCGGGCGAGCCAGACCGGCCCCGGGCCCCGAUGCUGUGACUGAGAUAGACUCACUCACUGGGGUUUGUCCAUGUUGGCGAGUGACCUUCCUUCCGGGGUGACGGCAUUCAUCUGGGCAUGCCUGAAGUACCUUGGCCCCAUGGACCUGAAGGAGAAGCAUCUGGGCGAGCCCCCCUUGGCCCUGGGCCUGUCCACCAGGAAGGCCCUCAGUGUCCUGAAGGAACAGCUGGAGGCCGUGUUGGAGGGACACCUCAAAGAGCAGAAGAAACUCCUGACGUGGAAGGAGGCGUGGAGAAGCAGCUUCCUGCACCUCCGUAACCGUUGUUCCUGUUUCCACUGGCCGGGGGCCUUGCUUAUGCUGCUGGCUGUGCUGUUGCUGCUGGGCUGUUGGGGGGGCCAGCCAGCAGGCAGCCAGGGGGUGGAACUGGUGAAUGCCUCCAUGUUGUUCCUGUUGCUGCUUCUGAACCUGGUCCUCAUCAGACGGCAAGAUCGGCUGAAGCGCCAGGAGGUGGAGCGCAGGCUUCAGGGGAUCAUUGACCAAAUCCACGAUGCCCUCAGGGAUGGCAAGGAAAUCAAGUGGCCAAAUGCCUUGUAUCCUGACCUCCACAUGCCCUUUGCACCAUCCUGGUCCCUGCACUGGGCCUACAGAGACGGUCACCUGGUCAACCUGCCUGUCAGCCUGUUGGUAGAAGGAGACAUCAUAGCCCUGAGGCCGGGCCAGGAGUCCUUUGCCUCUCUAAGGGGGAUCAAGGAUGACGAGCACAUUGUCCUGGAGCCAGGAGAUCUGUUCCCCCCUUUCUCUCCACCACCCUCGCCCCGGGGGGAAGUGAAGAAAGGGCCACAGAAUCCCCAGCAACACCGACUUUUCCGUGUCCUGGAGACCCCUGUGAUUGACAACGUCAGAUGGUGCCUGGACAUGGCCCUGUCUCGCCCAGUCACUGCUCUGGACAACGAGAGGUUCACAGUGCAGUCGGUGAUGCUGCACUACGCCGUGCCGGUGGUCCUGGCUGGCUUUCUCAUCACCAAUGCCCUGCGCUUCGUGUUCAGUGCUCCUGGGGUCACCUCCUGGCAGUACACCCUCCUCCAGCUCCAGGUGAAUGGCAUGCUGCCAUCCUCCCCCCUGCUCUUUCCAGUCCUCUGGGUGCUGGCAACCGCCUGUGGAGGCCGCGUCCUGGCCCAGAUGAGCAAGGCCUCACCAGCUCCCUGGUGGGUUCUGGCCAAGUUCUCGGAGGAUACUCUCAGCAGUUACACGGAACCAUUUUCUCUGUCCCACCAGGAAAUGCUGCGCUGCAUUUGGGGCCACUUCCUGAGGGUGAUCCAGGGGACGUCCCCAACGCUGAGCCACAGUGCCAGCCUGCUGCACAGCUUGGGCUCCGUCACGGUUCUGUGCUGUGUAGACAAACAGGGGAUCUUGUCAUGGCCGAAUCCCAGCCCAGAGACGGUGCUGUUCUUCAGCGGGAAGGUGAGCCCCCCGCACAGCAGCCACGAGGACCUCACCGAUGACCUGUCCACACGCUCCUUCUGCCAUCCUGAGGUAGAGGAGGAGCCCCAUGAACGCGAUGCCCUCCUUUCUGGCUCCCUGAGCAAUACCCUGCACCUUUCCAACGAGCAGGAGCAUGGCGGCUGGCCCGGUGACGGCCCCAAGCCUGCCGAGACCUACCAUCCCCACAAGGGGCGCAGCCGCAGCAGACACCUGUCGGGCUCCAACGUGAGCUUCAGCAGAGACACCGAGGGCGGCGAGGAAGAGCCCAGCAAGGUCCAGCCUGGGAUGGAGGGGGAGCCCUAUGAAGCGGAGGACUUCGUGUGUGACUACCACCUGGAGAUGCUGAGCCUGUCCCAGGACCCUAGCAGAUACCCUUCCUGCAUCCAGUUCGACGACUCCAACUGGCAGCUACUCACCUCCCUCAAGCCGCUGGGCCUCAACGUGCUGCUCAAUCUGUGCAAUGCCAGCGUCACGGAGCGCCUGUGCCGCUUCUCCGACCACCUGUGCAACAUCGCCCUGCAGGAGAGCCACAGCGCCGUGCUGCCCGUGCACGUGCCCUGGGGCCUCUGCGAGCUGGCCCGCCUCAUCGGCUUCACUCCGGGAGCCAAGGAGCUCUUCAAGCAGGAAAACCACCUGGCACUCUACCGCCUCCCCAGUGCAGAGACUAUGAAGGAGACGUCCCUGGGGCGGCCCUCCUGCGUCACUAAGCGGCGCCCUCCCCUCAGCCAUAUGAUCAGCCUCUUCAUCAAGGACACGGCCACGAGCACGGAGCAAAUGCUCUCCCAUGGAACAGCCGAUGUGGUCUUGGAGGCCUGCACGGACUUCUGGGAUGGAGCCGACAUCUAUCCCCUUUCAGGUUCCGACAGAAAGAAAGUGCUGGAUUUCUACCAGAGAGCCUGCCUGUCUGGCUAUUGUUCCGCUUUCGCCUACACGAUGAACUGCACCCUGUUCCAGCUCAAUGGCAAGUGCAUCGAGCUGGUGCAGGUGCCCGGCCAGAGUAGCAUCUUCACCACGUGCGAGCUGCCUAGCACCGUCCCCAUUAAGCAGAACGCUCGCCGCAACAGCUGGAGCUCCGAUGAAGGGAUCGGGGAGGUGCUGGAGAAGGAAGACUGCAUGCAGGCCCUGAGCGGCCAGAUCUUCAUGGGCAUGGUGUCCUCCCAGUACCAGGCCCGGCUGGACAUUGUACGCCUCAUCGAUGGGCUGGUCAAUGCCUGCAUCCGCUUUGUCUACUUCUCUUUGGAGGAUGAGCUCAAAAGCAAGGUGUUUGCAGAAAAGAUGGGCCUGGAGACAGGCUGGAACUGUCACAUCUCCCUCACACCCAAUGGUGACAUGCCGGGCUCUGAUCCCCCUUCCAGCCCCAGCCAUGCGGGCUCCCUGCAUGAUGACCUGAAUCAGGUGUCCCGGGAUGAUGCAGAAGGGCUCCUCCUGUUGGAGGAGGAGGGUCACUCGGACCUCAUUAGUUUCCAACCUACGGACAGUGAUAUCCCCAGCUUCUGGGAGGACUGCAACCGGGCCAAGCUGCCCCGUGGCAUCCACCAGGUGCGACCCCACCUACAGAACAUUGACAAUGUGCCCCUGUUGGUGCCUCUCUUCACAGACUGUACGCCCGAGACCAUGUGUGAGAUGAUAAAGAUCAUGCAGGAGUAUGGAGAAGUGACCUGCUGUCUGGGGAGCUCUGCCAACCUGAGGAACGGCUGCCUCUUCCUUCAGAGCGAUGUCAGCAUCGCCUUGGAUCUGUACCCAUCCCGUUGCUCCUGGGAGACCUUCGGCUACGCCACCAGCACCAGCAUGGCCCAGGCCUCGGAUGGCCUUUCCCCCCUGCAGCUGUCAGGGCAGCUCAACAGCCUGCCCUGCUCCCUGACCUUCCGCCGGGAGGAGGCCAUCAGCGUCAUCCGGCUCAUCGAGCAGGCUCGGCAUGCCACCAAUGGCAUCCGUAAGUGCUUCCUCUUCCUGCUGCAGUGCCAGCUGACCCUUGUGGUCAUCCAGUUCCUUUCUUGUGUGGUCCAACUACCACCACUGCUGAGUACCACAGACAUCCUGUGGCUGUCCUGCUUUUGCUACCCUCUGCUCAGCAUCUCUCUGCUAGGGAAACCACCGCACAGCUCCAUCAUGUCUAUGGCAACAGGAAAAAACCUCCAGUCCAUUCCUAAGAAGACGCAGCACUACUUCCUGCUCUGCUUCUUGCUCAAGUUCAGCCUCACCAUCACCUCGUGCCUCGUCUGCUUUGGCUUUACACUGCAGAGCUUCUGUGACAGCGCCCGAGCCCGGAACCUUUCCAACUGCUCCUCCAUCAUGUUGCACAGCAAUGACGGCAGGGCUCCGGCCUGGUUCCGGGACUUUGCCAAUGGGCUGCUGUCGGCCCAGAAGCUCACUGCUGCCUUGAUUGUCCUACACACCGUCUUCAUCUCUAUCACCCAUGUGCAUCGCACCAAACCCUUGUGGAGGAAGAGUCCCCUGACGAACCUCUGGUGGGCCGUGACCGUGCCUGUGGUGCUGCUGGGUCAGGUGGUUCAGACGAUCGUGGACCUGCAGCUGUGGACACACAGGGAUAGCCACGUCCACUUUGGCCUGGAAGACGUGCCCCUGCUGACGUGGCUCCUGGGCUGCCUGUCGCUGGUUCUCGUGGUAGUCACCAAUGAGAUCGUGAAGCUCCACGAGAUUCGGGUCCGAGUCCGCUAUCAGAAGCGACAGAAGCUGCAGUUUGAAACCAAGCUGGGCAUGAACUCUCCCUUCUGAGCCACUGGCCGUUGUGGCCACAGCUGCCCUUGUCCACCCCUGAGUCUGAGGAGUUGGUAUCACAAACGUUUCAAGGUUUGCUCUUGUGUACCAUGGUGUAGAAGGCCUGGCUUUGGUCACUGGAGUCCUUCCUGUCUUCCUGGCUUAUGAGAAGCCAAGGGGCGGUGGCCUCAGCUGGACAGGGCCCCCCUGGCUCCUCCCUGGACUGGCACUUGAAUGUAUGACCUCAGGGGCAUGGCAGAGGAACCCUCGGCCCCUCCCUAGGGGCUUCUCACCUUUAAGGUCCCCUUACCCAGGCCUUCUGCUCAAAGGGAGGGGCAGGGGCCUCCAUCUUGGUUGGAAGAGCAGUAGCUGCUGUCGUGGAAGCUGCUCCGUCCUCUCCUCUGUUCGCAUCCUGUCUUCCCAGGGCAAGGGCCCAGGUGUGAUCCCAAGGAACUCCCCACUCUUUGGGGGGGGCUCUCACACGUGGGCCUGAAGAUGAACAGGGGCCCUCACCUCACCCUCGAGCCCCUUCCUGUGCCUGUGCUCAACUGGCAACAAGUCAGUGAGGCAGUCUUUCGGGGUGGGGGGGGGGCACAGCCCAGGUUUCCUGUUCUCCCAGGAGAAGUUUUUAGUGGUGUAUAUUUUUUACUGGAAAUGAGCCUUUUAGGAAUGAAUGUAGACUGGUUUAUAUUAAAACUUGUGAAUUGCUUAAGAAAAACCCGUGGCUGGUCCAUGAGGCAGCCAAUAAGAUUCCCCUCCUCCCAGGCUGGGGGGGCAGCACGGGGGAUGCUGAGGCAGUGGAGGGAGGGGUCCCCAGCCUCCCUCCUCCUACAGCUGUGCGUCCUUCAGGGUACAACCCAGAGGAGACCCCCCCCCCCAAGACCCAGAGGUCUGUACAACAGACAGAAACACAAGCUGAGCUGUGUGGAAUGACGCUUUCAUUGGUAUUAGUUGGUGGGAGAGGUUAAUGGUUACAGAGCCCAAGCCCGGGCCAACCAGGCCAGGCCUCCAUCCCCGAGGUGGGCCGCGGCACCUCUGCUGGGGUCCGAAGGCCUUCCCCUACUGCAUCUCUCAGGCAGUUAAUAGACAGAAUAAAUUCCAUUUAAAAUAUAUGCAUUUCUCUCUGCUUA